AUGUCUCUGAGCUCUGAACUUUGCACGGAGCCUGCCAGUCGAGGGGCACUCUUCCUUGAAAUGCCAGCUACCAGGGACAAACAAAGGAAAUUUGAAUUUAACCCGAAAGAAGGAAUCGAUAAUCCCGCCUUAUCUCUGGCAGAGGAUUCCGAACCAGGAGGGGCUUCCCAGAUACGUUUCUGUUCACUGAAGAAAGGAGCUGGUGACAACCUGGGCUUCUCGUUGUGCCAGGGAGCCGGAGGAAUGUGCCCCAUUGUGCGUAAGGUGACACCGGGUGGGCUGGCCUACCGUAGAGGCCUCCAGGAUGGAGACCGAAUCCUUGAGGUCAACGGAGUUAACGUUGAAGGCAUGGGAUAUCUUCAGGUGGUCUGGAAGAUCAAGAGUAGCUCAAAAGAGGUCUUGCUCACUGUCCUGGAAGGGAACGCCUACGAAGUAGCCAAAGCCCUCAAUCGGGAUCUCAACCAGCUCUUGUCCAGAUAUGGAAAGCCACGUCUGUGCUGCGUCCCCAGAGGCUCAAGUGGUUUGGGCUUCAGCGUGUCAGCUCCAGAAGGUGUGACUGGCGUAUUCCAGCUCUCUGUGCUGCAAAAUGGGCCAGCUCAUAAAGCAGGUGUGCCUCAUGGUUCCUGGCUGGUGGAACUCAAUGGCGUCAGUGUUAAGAACUGGACGAUUGCGCAACUCAACCAAAAGCUCAAACAGAGCAGCAGCCCCACAGGGCUCCUGGUGAUGGGCAGCCAGUCGGAAGAGGCGUACCGACAGUGCGGUGUUAAGGUUACAGCUGCCUUGGCUGACACCUCCUGGGUUCCGUUCCAAGUGACGAAGCUUCAGAUGAUGCGAGGAGAAGACGGAUAUGGGUUCUUGAUGAAAGAAGAAAUAUCUAGCUCGGGGAAGAGGGCCCAAUUUUUGAGAGAUGUGGAGGCUGGGCUACCCGCUGAAAAGGCAGGGAUGAGAGAAGGCGAUUGUCUGCUGGCGGUGAAUGGCGAGAUUGUCGAAGAUCUUGACCAUCAGGAAGUGGUGUCGAGGAUCCGUUCCGACAACCAGCGGGUGACUCUCUUGGUCAUCGACUCAGAAGGAAGCAAGUUCUACAAUAUGGUUGGAGUAUCUCCUUUAGUUUUCUACGAUGAUGAAGACAUCCCAUCAAGCUUUCUGAUCACCCGUGGUUCUUCAUCUCCAGGCAUCGUUCAGGAACAAAGCUGGCCCACUUUGAUACCAUGUCACUGUCAGCUCUCUAGCAAUACAGCACCACCUGGCCAACCUGACCCUAACCCAUGGACCUUCACCGGAGAGGGCCGUGAUGGGUUCAGCCAGGCAUUCUAGAGAUGGCUCCUUGGACUCUAUGGAAAAAAGUGAGCACCUUUGCACAUCCUUCCAGAAUGGCAAAUUGAUCUCAUCCCCCCAGACCAGCUUUUCCAAUCCCUCUUCUGCCUUCCACAUCAGUCUGUCUCUGCACUCACAUGAUUCCUGCAGAACCCGGCAAACAGGCUGAAGAUUCAAAGCAGAGCAUGGUCAGAGACGGAAUACGAUGAGUCAGGGCCAUCUUGGGGAAAUUCCCUUGGGUAAGAUUCAAAAAAAGAUCAGGACGUUGGAAAUAAUUGCAACUCAAGGACAGCCCUCGUUCAUUGCAUUUUGUGGAAGAGAAGCUAGUAUGGAUGUCCUCUCUGGAUGUGACACAUCUCUACAUGAUUCCUACAAGUGGAAUGUGAAUGAAGAGCAUUGAUCACUUCCUUCAGACUCCUUUUCCCCUCCGUCAAAAUAUUUCCUCUGUUGCAAGAUCUCCAUCCUUGAAAACUUUAAGACUUGUGGAUUUCAACUCCCAGAUUUCCCCAGCCAGCCACGCAACUCCCAGAAUUCCCUAUGCUGCCUGGGAAUUCUGGGAAUUGAAACCCACAAGUCUUCAAGUAACCAAGGGUGGAGUUCCCUGGUCUACUGGAACCAAUACAACUGAGCACUGGACUUCCUUUCACCUUCUUCUGACAAUCAACCCGUCAAUUUUGCACAAAACAGACUGUGAAGGGUGGCAGAGGAUAAACGAGGGGCUUCCAGUCCCAGAGCUCCCUCUCCAA